GCAGAGAGAGAGAGACAACUUUUCGAGCGUUCUCGUCGGGCAUGUGUGAGGGAACACACUCCGUGCUUUCACCUGCGGGGCUUCCAUAACUGGAUGCAUCUUGAAAAGACAGUUCUCAGAAAGAUUGUUUUCUGCUGACGGACAAAGCACCUGCCGCGAAGUUCUCUCUCCUUCACCGCCCCAUUUAGCCUUAGUGGGUCGUUGCCCUUCUUCACAGUGAAUUUGCGUCGUGUCAAAGCCAACGUUGCUAGAAGUUUGAGACUGCUUUUGUUGUCCACGGUGAACUUCGCGCCAUCCUUUGUUGGUGCCGGUGCGGUGGUGCCGGCUUUAAUUGGUGUUUUUCUGUUUUUCGGACUGGUUUGGUUCAAAUUUAAGGGCACCGUCACCGAGAGUAUGCCAACCGUUGGAGGUGUUGCCAAAGCUAACAACCAAAGAGGUAAAGGACAUGGCAACUCGUGUAGCGCGGGAAACGACGCAAUUGGUGCCUCCGCCGGUACCAUCACAUUCCUGACGGCUCCUCUCUUUGCGAAGGCGACGAAGAACACACAAAGCAGUGCACGAGAGCAAGAGGAGCAGUUUAGUGAUCUGCUCGUGUUAAUUCGCCAUGGGGAGCGCCAGGACCACGCGGAUCGCGCGUGGAAAGGGACGGCGCUGCUCCCGCUCUAUGAUCCACCGAUCUCCAACGCGGGCCGCAUGCAGAGCUUCGAGACCGCGCUCAAGUACUACGCACUGCGUCAGGAGAAGAAGAUAGAGCAGCGUAUUCGCGGAACCUUCACUAUGUUUCUCGUUUCGCCAUUUCACCGAUGCAUCGAGACCGCUGCCGUCAUGAACAUUAUCGCCUUUGAAGGAAAACUACCCAUGUACGUGGAUCCGCUGCUGUCGGAUUGGCAGCAGGCGAAAGUGUUCCGUACCGCACCCCUGCUGGGCGGGGUGUACGUGCGUCAUCCUGACGCGGACAUCGAGGACGCGCACGGCGACCGUCUUUUGUUUUGCCCGCAGCUGGAGGCUCUUCGAGCGACCCUUGUGCCGUUUCUGAAGACAAGAGCCGCCGAGGCGAGCGAUUUACUGGCGGAAUAUGGCAUAUCAGCGGAGGUGGCAGCGUCGUGGGUCGGUGUAGGGGAGCAGUGGCUGGACAGCCAUGCCACAAUCCCUGUGUGGACCUCCGCUGCGGUCACCACGAGCAUUGUUGAAAAAAUCGAAGCACAACGAACGUGCACCAUUCCCGACGCCGUUGGCGAGCGAACGACGUGCCGGAGAGGCGGGAAGGGCCCCCUGCCGCCCCCUUCUCGCGAUGCGGGAACUGGCAGUGCGUUCAAGGGCUGCGGCGUGCCGCAUCCCGAGGGCAAAGCCGAUCUGGUGCGACGAUGUGAGCAGGUGGUGGCCACGCACUACUUGCAAAGCUCCCCCGCAUCGUCGCAGUCGAUGGUGCCACGCUCCAUUCAACACGCUGCUGCGAACGAAAGAAAGACGCGUCUUCCUAAGUAUUUCCAAACGUGGGCAGAACGACCGGCAGAGGAACGCGAGGCCACCGGGGCUCUCGCGCUGCUGCCUCCCAUGCACGUCAUAGCAGUCACGCACGCCGACAUCGUUUCCACCUUACUGGAGGUGUGCUGCCCUAAAUACCACGACAAGGGUGCGGGGUACUCCGUGGCCUACUGCAGCAUUACCGCGCUUCAGCGCCACAACAACUUCUAUCGCAUUCCUCCCCUGGAAGAGCGGCAGCGUGCCGAGGCGAGCGCGAACGGACGUGGGACAAGCCAGCGAUGUAGCAAGGGCUAUCCAAAGAAGAAGAUGACCGCGACGCCAUCCAAGAGUCAGCUAACCGGCCUGGUAAAAACUCGUGUACCUCCACCUUUUUCAGCGGAGUGGACCGUUGAGUCGGUUGGGUCUACGGAUCUUCUGCGCACACGCAUUGUGAUCCAGUACAGCAAGUGA